UCCUCAGCUCGUGGUAUUUGAAAUUCAAUGUAUUCAAGAUUCCACCUCGUCAACUCUUCAAUAUAGUAAUGGCUGCUCUAUUCCCAUAAUUCAACCCUGCAAAAGAGUUUCACAGCACGCCAAUACCGGUUUCAGCAGCUAUACCCCAUGCCAGUUCCAAUUUGUUCCGAGUUCCGGUUACUCUCCCAUGGCCAGAUCAACCCAAUUUGGAAACCUCUGCCCACUUGCUUUCUCUCUUUCCAGUCUCCAAACUUCUCUUCCCCAUGAAUUCCUUCCUCCCAAGCCACUGAUCAUAACCAUUUAAGACAAGCUUCCCGCAUAUGUUCUGCACACAACAAACCUCUAAACGAAAACAAACAUGGUCGACAUUUCCUCUGCCCCUCUUCUUGCCCUUCUCCUCUUUCUACUCUCACAGACCCACAUCCGACCGGCGACCAGCGCCGGCGGCAACGAAACCGAUAUACUGUCACUCCUCCAACUGAAAUCCACACUGAUAGACCCACUUGGAGCUCUGAGCUCAUGGAACCAAACCCUCCAUUUCUGCCAAUGGCAGGGAGUAACCUGCAACAACGAAACCGAACAGAGGGUGACCCAACUCGACCUCAAGCUAAACCGGCUCAGCGGCUCCAUCUCCCCACACAUCGGCAACUUGUCCUUCCUAACCCACCUCAUCCUCAACAACAACACCAUCUCCGGCGAAAUCCCGCCGGAAAUCGGCCGCCUCACCCGCCUCCAGCAGCUCGUGCUAGUCCAAAACUCAAUCUCCGGCACCAUCCCGCCGAACCUCUCCGCCUGCUCCAAUCUCACCAUGUUGCGAGUCGGCAACAACGGCUUGUCCGGCGAGAUCCCGACACAGCUCUGCAAUCUCAUGAACCUCCAGCUGCUCUCAAUCCAUUUCAACAACUUCACCGGAAAUUUCCCUUCCUGCUUCGGCAACGUGUCUUCCCUCCAGGCGAUCUCUGCGGCUCGGAACCAAUUCGUCGGCGGGAUUCCAGAGUCUCUGGCCAGAUUGAGCAACCUGAACGUAAUUUCUUUCGGGGCGAAUCGAUUUUCUGGUCAAUUCCCACUUCAAUUCUUCAACUCCUCUUCCAUUCAAAUCAUUAGCAUCAUUGAGAAUCAACUCACCGGAACCCUACCUCUAGGGUUAGGGUUUACUCUGCCGAAUCUGGUCCAUCUCAAUGUGGCUUACAACAAUUUCACCGGUCGAAUUCCCGAAUCAAUCUCCAACGCGACAAACCUGCAGGUUUUCGAGUUGGGUUACAACAAUUUCCACGGCGGAGUGCCUUCAUUGGCGAAGCUGAACCGGAUCCAACUCCUGGGACUGAUUAGCAACAACUUGGGCAGUGGAGGAGAAGGAGACGAUCUGUUCUUCCUCCAUACGUUGACCAACAGCACGAUGCUCCAAGUGGUCAACGUCGGGAUGAACAAUUUCUCCGGCGUGUUGCCGCACAGCAUAAGCAACUACUCCGCAACUUUCGUCAGGCUGUCGCUGCGUCUGACCCCGUUGAUCACCGGAACGAUUCCGGCGGGGCUCGACCGGCUGGUCAACUUGGAGCAGCUGGAUUUCAACGGAAACAGUCUCUCCGGCAAUCUCCCGGUCGAAUUGGGGAGGAUCCCCAAGUUCAUGACUCUUCAGGUUCAGAACAACAACCUGUCGGGAACCAUUCCUUCCAAUAUCGGAAAUUCAACCAAGUUGCUCACGGUGUGGCUGCAAGGGAAUCAACUGGAAGGUGAGAUUCCUUCGAGUUUCGGUCAGAGCAAGGAUAUGACGCUGCUGAAUCUAGCAGAUAACAAUCUCAGUGGGGGGAUUCCGCCGGAGAUUCUCGAUCUCCAGGACUUGAGUUUUGUCCUUGAUCUUUCUGGGAACAGGUUGAGUGGCCGGAUUCCUGAGGAAGUUGGAAACUUGGUCAACUUGGGUCAACUGGAUCUCAGCAAUAACAUGCUGUCAGGUUCGAUCCCGUCGAGUAUAGGGAGAUGUGUGAGACUGGAGACCGUAAAUCUGAUGGGGAAUUUGUUUCAGGGCUCUAUCCCUUCGUCUUUUAGGGCACUCAGAGGGUUAGAAGUUCUCGACCUUUCUCGCAAUAACUUGUCAGGAAUGUUACCCGACUUUCUUCAGGAGUUUACAUCGUUGGUGACACUCAACUUGUCUUACAACAACUUCCAAGGUGCACUGUCAAUGCAGGGUGUCUUCGGGAAUUCAACUACAACUUUGGUCAUGGGAAACAAUGAGCUCUGCGGGGGAAUGCCGGAGUUUGGAUUACCAAAGUGCUCCAUGGAGGGUUCAAAGAAAGGCGGUCUCAGCACGGUUGUGAAGAUCAUAAUCUCGGUUGUAAGCUGUCUCUUAGGACUCGCUGCCCUUCUUUCAUUCCUCUACUUUUGGUUCCUGAGGAAGAAAACCAAAGACCCUGAAGCAGCUUCACUCUUUACCGGUAACACACUUCUGGGGCCUACGUAUAAUAAUCUACUCCAUGCCACCGAUGGGUUUUCGUCUGCUAAUUUGCUCGGAGCAGGCAGCUAUGGCUCUGUGUACAAGGGGAUUAUAGCCAUAGAAGACAACAAGAAGAUGUUUGUUGCCGUCAAGGUGUUGAAUCUUCAGCAUUCCAGAGCGGUCAAGAGCUUUGUAGCAGAAUGCGAGGUGUUGAAGAACAUCAGGCACAGGAAUCUUGUCAAGUUGCUGACUGUGUGUUCAGGAAUCGACUUCCAGGGUAAUGAUUUCAAGGCCCUGGUGUAUGACUUCAUGGUUAACGGGAGCUUGGAGGAAUGGCUUCAUCCCAGGCUUCUUGAUGAACAAGCAACAGGAAAAACAAAGGUAGAGUUGAGUCUCCUCCAAAGGUUGAACAUAGCCAUUGAUGUAGGAACCGCACUGGAUUAUCUUCAUAACGAGAGUGGAGUACCGGUAGUUCAUUGUGAUCUCAAACCUAGCAACAUCCUGCUGGAUGUCAAUAUGGUGGGACAUAUUGGAGACUUUGGGUUAGCAAAGUUCCUUCCACAAGUAGAGCUCAACACUCCAGCAAAUAGUACGACGAGUUCUUCGAUUGGUGUUAGAGGAACAGUUGGCUAUAGCGCGCCAGAGUACGGAAUGGGGAGUGAAGUUUCUACCCACGGAGAUGUGUACAGCUAUGGCAUUCUGUUGCUGGAGAUGUUCACAGGGAGAAGGCCUACCGAUGAAACGUUCAAAGAUGGGUUGAAUCUCCAUAACUUUUCAGCAGCAGCUUUGGCUGAUAAAGCAACAGAGAUCGUAGAUCCCACUGUGCUUCUGGAGAGACAAGACGACAGCAGCAGCAGUAGAUCGAGCGACGAUCAUAGCAAGAAUGAAACGCAGAAGGUGUCGAUGGAGGCAUUGGUUUCGAUUAUACAAGUGGGGGUUGAAUGUUCAAAUGAAAUGCCAAGAGAACGAAUGAGCAUCGGUGAUGCUGCAACUAAGCUAACAGCAGUGAGGGACAAACUUGUUAAAGCUAGAAUGUAGCGAAGAGACAUAAUUAUGCACAGAAAAGUGGUCACAAUAACAGGACAAUAGCAUUUCGUUGGUACUUUCGAUGUAUCUGAAUGUAUAUGGUAUUGUACAAGUAAUCUGAUGAGGGCAACUGAACAAUUGUUUCUCGGCAGCAUCAUCGAAUCCAACCUUUGCUGUAUCAUGUCAACUUCUCCCUAACUGAAUGAGAAGUCAAAGAAAUGGCGCCGCCACCAAAUUGCAAUAGUGAUUACGAAACAGAGUGGGUGAAGCAUUACCCUUAUCUUAUUGGCAGGCCCCUUUCUUUCGCUGUCGAAUAUCUUCUUCGCUGUCUAUGAUCACAUCUGCGCAAAUCCGAAACCUCUGCCCACUUGUUUUCUUCCUUUCCCUACAGUUCUCUUCUCAUUCAACUUCUCUUAGGCCAUUGACUUUCUUCCAUAUCCCAAUCUAAUGAUUAUCAAAUCUUGAUUCUUUUCUUCCACUACAGAAAAAGAUUGAUUCUUUAUUAUAACCGAGACCAUAAUUUCGCCCAAGACAGGACUUAGUUGUGAUAAAGGGCUAGAAAUGAAAGACUGAUUCUUUAACCCUUGUACACACUUGCAAACCUGUAAUCACCAACUAAAAGAAGCAAACAUAUGCCCACCUUGGUUGACAUAAUCUCCUCUCGCAGACAUAUAGUAGGCCGGUGACCGAAGCGGGCAGCAACAAAACCGACAGAGGAGCACUUCUCCAACUCAAAUCAACAGUGAUAGACCCAAUGGGAGCUCUGAGCUCAUGGAACCAAGCCCUCCACUUCUGCCAAUGGCAGGGCCUAAUCUGCAACAAUGAGAAAGAACAGAGGGCUAACCCAUCAUCAUCAUCAUCCCCGCCGCGUCCUUCCCAGUUCAAUCAUUGCCGACGGUCUUUCUCCAGUUCAUUGACUUGCAAAAAAAAAAAAGACAGAAGAGAAGGCAGACAAACAUAAUCAAGAAAUGGUAAAAAAGGGGAAAUGAGUGUGAAAGGAAACCCGCCCUAAUCUGGAAAGGAAUGGAAAUCCGCAGUUUUAUCAGUUUUGUGUUGAAUAGUGAAUACAUUAACAUAAAAUAU